CAGUGGACCUUUUCUUUUCCUCUUCUUUGAACUUCGAUUCCGAAAGCCGAGCACCGCAGCCAAAGGUCCUUUGGUCUCCAUUCCACCGGGAAUCUUUCCUUGUAAUUCUUGUUUCCCUGUCUAAUUCGAUCGGGUUCUUGCUGCGUGCGUUGGAUUCAGUGAAUCGAUAAUGGAGGGCAGCGUGUCGGAUCCCUCGAACGGGGAAAUCGCCGCCGAGGGGCGGAAGGAGAGCGCGCUCGACCAGUGCUAUCGCCUCUUCAAUCGCCAGCGGUCGAUCCAUCAGAUAAUCGGCGGCGGCAAAGCUGCUGAUGUCAUUCUGUGGAAACGCCGAUGGAUUUCAAUUGCUGUUAUGAUAGGCGCAACCAUUGGCUGGUUUUUAUUUGAGCGAUCUGGAUUAUCAUUCCUGACAAUCUGCUCGGACAUUCUGCUCAUUUUGAUUGUAAUUCAAUUUGCCCGGGCAAACAGUGCUGUGCUUUUAGAUAAGCAACUCCAGCCAUUGCCAGAAUUAGUUUUAUCAGAGGAAAUGGUGAACAAUGCUGCUGCUUCUUUUCGUGUUAAAAUUAAUAAUAUGCUGAUGAUGGCCCAUGAUAUCACUCUUGGCAAAGACUUCAGGAUAUUUUUUCAGGUGGUGGUUAUCCUCUGGCUAUUGUCUGUUGUUGGAAGUUUCUUUUCAUUCUUCACCCUUGCAUACAUAGGGAUUAUAGUGUCAUUCACAAUACCUGCAUUAUAUGAUAAAUACGAAGAUCGUGUAGACAGAUAUGCUGGGAUGGUUCACCGGAAAAUUUCCAAACACUACAAGAUAGUGGAUGAGAACGUGAUCCGCAGACUCCCAAGACGAUUUUCCAAGAGCAAAGAUGCAUGAUCUAAAAGAUUUUGAUAUACCAAGUUCAGAUGUCAUGUUUUCAUGUGUUGUCUUCUAACUUUGCGAUAGGCACAUUCAUAAGAAACCAUCUGUGACUUCAGUCAUCUGUAUAUUGCGUUGUAAAGUUUUAAUUCAUGAAAGUUUAGAAUGAUAAAUUUGAAAGUUUCAGUGUAAUUUGAAUUAUUUUUCUCCCUGUAAUUUGAAAGAAUUGGACUGCAAAGAAUAAAGAGAAAUUAUCACUA